GUGGAGAUAGAGCUUAUAUAAGAACAGGGUUUUUUCUAAAAGUUUUAGUUUUAAUAAGACUUCUUCAUCUUAUCGCAAGAUUUGGGUUUGUGAGAGAAAGUGCAUUUUUAGAGUGCUGAGGAGUCUCAUAUAUAUCAUAUGGCUAAAAAAAUUGGACCAAAAUGGUGUAAUAAUAUGAGGGUGAUUGGAGUUUGUAUGAUUGGUUUUCUUGUUGUAGCUUCAUCAGUCUUAUUAGUUUCAGGCAAUGAAAUUAGUACUGCACAAAAAGCUGCAACUCAAGAGAUUGAUCCCAAUUAUGUUACCAGAGUCUCCAACAAUUCUUCACAUCCUAACACUCGAUCAGGAUAUAUCCAUGUUUGGCCAGACAUGAAAAUUGGAUGGAAAAUUGUGGUGGGAGGGAUAAUUGGAUUUCUAGGGGCAGCAUUUGGGAGUGUUGGAGGGGUUGGUGGUGGUGGGAUUUUUGUCCCAAUGCUCACUCUCAUAAUUGGGUUUGAUGAGAAAUCAUCAACUGCAAUCUCCAAGUGCAUGGUUAUGGGGGGGGCAGCUGCCACUGUCUUGUACAACUUAAGGCAAAGACAUCCAACACUGGAUUUGCCCAUCAUAGAUUAUGACCUUGCACUUCUAUUUCAACCAAUGCUGAUGCUUGGGAUUAGUAUUGGAGUUUCUUUUAAUGUCCUAUUUCCAGAUUGGAUGAUCAUACUCUUGCUUAUCAUUGUAUUCCUCAUCACAUCAACAAAGUCUUUUCUCAAAGGCAUUGAAACAUGGAAAAAGGAAACAAUAACGAUAAAGGAGGCUGCUAGACGCUUACAAUCCAAUGGAAAUGAUAAUGACCAAGUUGAAUAUAACAACACCAAUAAUCCAUCAGAAACUAAGGAGUCCAAAAGAACAGAGGUUCCUUUGUUGAAGAAUAUUUAUUGGAAGGAGCUAGGACUUCUUACAGCUGUUUGGAUUGUAAUACUUGGCCUGCAAAUUGCCAAGAACUACACAAAAAAUUGUUCAGUACUAUAUUGGGCACUAAAUUUCUUGCAGAUUCCGGUGACAGUUGGAGUAACUUUAUACGAAGCAGUUAGCCUUUACAAGGGAAAAAGAGUGAUUGCAUCAAAAGGAGAAGUAGUCACAAUUUGGAGAGUAAAGAAACUAAUAAUUUGUUGUGUUGUGGGCAUACUAGCUGGAAUGCUUGGUGGGUUGCUUGGUCUUGGUGGAGGUUUCAUAAUGGGACCUCUUUUUCUAGAGCUUGGAAUCCCUCCUCAGGUGUCAAGUGCCACAGCAACUCUUGUUAUGGCAUAUUCUUCGUCCAUGUCUGUUGUAGAAUACUACCUUCUAAGACGGUUUCCAGUUCCUUACGCUCUAUACUUUGCGGCUGUGGCUACAAUUUCUGCUCUAGUUGGGCAACAUGUGGUAGGAAAGGUCAUCAGUAUAAUAGGAAGAGCAUCACUGAUUAUCUUCAUCUUGUCCUCAAUGAUCUUCAUUAGUGCAAUAACACUAGGUGGAGUUGGAAUAUCAAACACGAUCGAAAAAAUUCACCACAAGGUGUACAUGGGAUUUGAAGAUAUCUGCCAGUACUGACUCAGAUUGUUACUUACCAAUUUUUAAUAGUUUAACCUUGUAAGCUUUAUAUUAAGAAAUAUAUAUUUUAGAAAGAGAGAAGACAAUUCAAUGUUUCUCUAACAAAAACAUACAAAUAUUGAUUUGAUGUAAUUUAAUAGUUGAGAAAAUUUCAUUAAGAUUCUCAAG